GAGCGACGUUCGCGCCGCGGUUUGUCCGCGCAGCCCCAAAUCUUUGUAACCUGGAAUGAGUACUCGGGGUAACAGUUAAGUGUUGAGUGAUCUACGCGUGUGGGCGCGUAAAAGGAAAGGCGGAGCUCGUUUUGAGUUGAGCACCGACGCAUGCCGGAGACGCGUGCUGGCACCAAGAUGAAUGACAGGAAAAAGGCGCGUGGCAGUUACGCUUGGACUGGAAUGUUAAGCGGUACUCUUGUUGGCAUGAAUUGACAGAAGGAUACCAAUGUUAAAAACCAACUCUGCCCGAGUAUCAUGGCGAAAAGGAAAGGACUGUUAUUCUCGUUGCUGUGUCUCAUAACAGACCUGUGUGCGAGUUCGCAGCAAGUCUUGCGAAUUGGGGGCAUUUUUGAGACACUGGAGAACGAGCCGGUCAGUGUAGAAGAACUGGCCUUCAAGUUUGCUGUGACAAACAUCAAUCGAAACAGGACACUAAUGCCAAACAUUACGCUCACCUAUGACAUCCAGCGCAUCAAUCUUUUUGACAGUUUUGAGGCCUCUCGUAGAGCAUGUGAUCAGCUGGCCCUAGGUGUGGCUGCCGUUUUUGGGCCCUCCCACAGCUCAUCGGUGAGUGCAGUGCAGUCCAUUUGUAAUGCCCUGGAGGUGCCCCACAUCCAGACUCGCUGGAAACAUCCAUCUGUGGACAACAGGGACAGCUUCUACAUCAACCUCCACCCGGACUACGCCUCUAUUAGCCGGGCUGUGUUGGACAUUGUGCAGUUUUUCAAGUGGAAGACGGUUACUGUAGUCUAUGAGGAUGCCACAGGUCUGAUUCGUCUGCAGGAGCUGAUCAAAGCUCCAUCCCGAUACAGCAUUAAGAUCAAGAUCAGGCAGCUUCCAGUCGGGAGCAAAGAUGCUCGGCCACUUCUGAAGGAGAUGAAGAAAGGCAAGGAGUUCUGCGUCAUCUUCGACUGCUCAUACCAGAGCUCAGCUGAACUCUUAAAGCAGUUACUGUCUAUGGGCAUGAUGACUGAGUACUACCAUUUCUUCUUCACCACUCUGGAUCUGUAUGCUCUGGACUUGGAGCCGUACCGCUACAGUGGGGUGAAUAUGACAGGCUUUCGCCUGGUCAAUGUGGACAAGCCUCAGGUGACUUCAGUGCUGGAGAAAUGGUCCAUGGAAAGACCACAGUCUCCACCCAGACCCGAGAGUGGCCUCAUGGAGGGCAUGAUGACGACGGAGGCGGCCCUGAUGUACGACGCCGUGUACAUGGUGGCCGCCGCAUCGCAGCGGGCCUCCCCGAUCACCGUGAGCUCGCUGCAGUGCCACAGACACAAGCCCUGGCGCUUCGGCUCACGCUUCAUUAGCAUGUUCAAGGAGGCCCAGUGGAAUGGACUGACUGGGCAAAUAAUUCUAAACCAGACAGACGGCCAGAGGAAGGAGUUUGACUUGGACAUUAUCAGUCUGAGAGAGGACAGCAUGGAAAAGAUUGGGGUGUGGAACUCAAAUUCAGGCCUUAAUAUGACAGAGACCGGCAAAGAGAAGACAGCUAAUAUUACGGACUCCAUGGCCAACCGCACCUUAAUUGUCACAACUAUCCUGGAACACCCAUAUGUUAUGUAUAAGAAGUCAGACAAGCCACUGUACGGAAAUGACAGGUUCGAGGGUUACUGUCUGGACCUGCUGAAGGAACUGUCCAACAUCCUUGGGUUUUCCUAUGAGGUCAAACUAGUGUCAGAUGGCAAAUACGGUGCCCAGAAUGACAAGGGGGAGUGGAAUGGAAUGGUCCGCGAGCUCAUCGAUCACGUGGCUGACCUAGCUGUGGCUCCUCUUACCAUCACCUAUGUAAGGGAGAAGGUCAUUGACUUCUCCAAGCCCUUCAUGACCCUGGGGAUCUCCAUCCUCUACCACAAGCCCAAUGGCACCAACCCAGGCGUCUUCUCCUUCCUGAACCCUCUCUCGCCCGACAUCUGGAUGUAUGUGCUCCUUGCCUGUCUUGGGGUCAGCUGUGUACUCUUCGUCAUUGCCAGAUUCACUCCAUAUGAAUGGUACAAUCCUCACCCCUGCAACCCUGAUUCUGACAUUGUGGAGAACAACUUUACUCUAAUUAACAGCAUGUGGUUUGGUGUUGGAGCCCUUAUGCAGCAAGGUUCUGAACUGAUGCCCAAGGCCCUGUCCACAAGAAUUGUAGGAGGCAUCUGGUGGUUCUUCACCCUCAUCAUCAUCUCCUCAUACACAGCUAACCUAGCUGCCUUCCUCACCGUGGAGCGCAUGGAUUCACCGAUUGGCUCAGCCGACGACCUGGCCAAGCAGACCAAGAUUGAGUACGGAGCAGUGAGAGAUGGCUCCACUAUGACCUUCUUCAAGAAGUCGAAAAUCUCCACCUACGAGAAGAUGUGGGCCUUCAUGAGCAGCAGGAAGAACUCGGCACUGGUAAAGAACAACCAGGAGGGCAUCCAACGAGUGCUGUCCACGGACUAUGCCCUCCUCAUGGAGUCCACCAGCAUCGAGUACAUCAGCCAGCGCAACUGCAACCUCACCCAGAUUGGGGGACUCAUCGACACCAAGGGCUACGGGGUGGGCACUCCUAUUGGCUCCCCGUACCGUGACAAGGUGACCAUCGCCAUCCUGCAGCUGCAGGAGGAGGGCAAGCUGCACAUGAUGAAGGAGAAGUGGUGGAGGGGCAGCAACUGCCCCGAGGAGGACGGCAAGGAGACGAGCGCGCUGGGCGUGGAGAACAUCGGCGGCAUCUUCAUCGUCCUCGCCGCCGGCCUCGUGCUCUCUGUCUUCGUGGCCAUUGGCGAGUUUGUCUACAAGUCCAGAUGGAACCCGAACACGGAGGAGGUGAGCGCCAGGCCGUGCGAGUUGCACAGCAAGUUCUGAGUCCGAGGAAUGGCAGGACCUCGUCUGGCCUCACAGUGGUGCCAUUUGCUUGCUUGCUUGUUUUGUUUUGUUUGUUUGUUUGUGUGUUUGUUUUGCGAAUAUUUUUGGAGUAAAAAUGGGCCAUAUUUGUGCGGGUUCAGCGAUGGCUGUCCACAAAGAGUACAAGGACACAGCAUUGCCAGAUUGCAUAUUAUAGGCCACCAGCACUGAAAAAGGAAGUACACUGAUCUGUGGGCUAGUUCCUGAACAGCCACAAAAGUAAUGAGAGACUUUGGAAAAAAUCUCAUAGAGUAGCACAUAUCUAUGUAAGUUUAUCCUAUAGUAACACACUCUUUUUUUUUUUCUACAAAAACAAAAUGGCUUGUAAUAGCCAUUUUGAAAAGCUUUUGCUUUUGAUGCUGGACAAAUUAAUUUAAUUUGAACACAGACAUUUUAAAAACACAAGAUUUACAAAAUAGUAGGUUUAAACACUGAGAUGCCAUGCUUUCACAUUACUGUAAUUCAGGUGUUGUUUUGUUACAUUAUUUAAUUCUGGAUGCCAUUACAAAAUAAUAAUGUCUACCUUCAUAUUAUGUGUCACGGAUGAAAAUAUUAGUAAACAUUCUGCUAGUUCCAGUUAUCUCUUUGAAAUGUUAAAGAAAUUUCUGUAGUUUUCUUUUUUUCGUUCAUUUUUUGUUUCAUUUAAUUCCAUAUUCAUGUCCUGCAUACAAGGCUUUUGGUUGUUUAAAUGCAUGUGUAUCUUAAUUAAAACUGUCCAUGAGUAUUCUGAGAUCUGUCACUAGAGACAGUGAUAUUUCGAGUUUAAUCACAGGGGGAUCAUUUUAUUUUUAAUCUGUAUUGUCCUAACAUACAAUAAAGAAAAAAAAACAUUUUCUAAUCAGAGGGUUUUAAGAGCCCUAUCGCAUUAAAAAUGCUUUCUGAUCACAGCGCCUGCCUGGUAUACCUUUACAGGACAAGUUCUAAAUCCCUAAGCAUUUUUUAAGCUUCCAUACUAAGUAAAAAUUAUAUCACGCUUCUGAGAGUUAUGUGAGUAGGAAAAACAUUUAUUUUGCUUCCUGUCAGUCAUUCCUUGCCAAAUUGCGUCUCGCCUCAGCUCGGGUACUGUUGCUUGCCCAGAACCCCCCCCCUCCCCCACGUGAAAUUCACACUCGUCCUGCCUGUCUUCUGAUAUCACUCCUUUUGCAUGUCUCCUAGUUUCCAUAUAAUAUCUGCCUCAGCUCUAGGCCUAAGCCCAUCAAAGGACAGUCCUUGAGCUUCGAAGAUGAGCUCUGGAGCCAUUACACGCCAAUAAAAAUCUGGCUGAUACUGCAGACCCUCGUGCAGGUUCAGCUCUCAGCUAGAUAUUAUAUCCUGCAGAUACAAUAUCACUAGAAUCACUGCACUCUACUUACAGGAGAAAGAUCAGACGGAUGCAGCCACUGGCAAGAUAUUAGCAGGUUUUCACUUGAAGGUGCAUUGUGUGUUAUUGUGUGUUUACAUGUUAUUUAAAGUAGUUGCAGCCAAUUCAUUUAGUAGUUGACAUUUAUGGUCUGCUUAGGAAAGGCUUGGAGGCAUAUUUGGGCAAGGCUAUAGAUUUUUCUGGGUCUUGUGAUGUUGGUGGGUGAGAUUACAUUAUGUUGGGAGAAAUUCCACAUUGUUUUAGGUAUAGCAUACCUGUCUUAUACAUUUUGAUUAUGAGCCCUGAAAGCAUAAGACUUGUCGAGUUUAAUAUUAAGACAUUUGUAAACUCCCUUGAAUCGUCUCCUUGCAAAAUAUAAUAAAGAUGUUUUCUACUUUCUUUUC